UGAAAUAGUUCAACUGUAGCAGUCCUACUGAAACCACCAACAGACCCACCAAUCACAAUGAGGUAUUCACCAUCAGAUGUAGUAACUACAGCAGUGUGGGAACGUGCAGUGUUCAUUGGAGGGUAUUUCUCAACCCAUUUCCUCUGUCGUAGUGUGUAUAGUAUGUUAGUACGACGAUAUCCAUCAUAUCCCCCCACAGCAGUG